GGGGAGCGCUGUUACCGCGGGCAUUUCCUUGGAGCCGCGCCGGGCCUGGGUUUGUUGUAUGUAAGAUAGAGACAGGGGAGAUCGUGAGCAGAGAGGAGGAUCAAAGAGUUGCUCACUUUCUGAAAUGAAUAAAGACGCACAACUCAGAGCAACCAUAAACCAGAAGUUGAUAGAAACAGGAGAGCGAGAACGUCUGAAGGAAUUGCUCCGAGCUAAGCUGACUGAAUGUGGAUGGAAAGAUCAGUUGAAAGCGCACUGUAAAGAUGUGAUCAGGGAAAAAGGCUUGGAACAUGUUACAGUUGAUGAUUUGGUGGCAGAAAUUACUCCAAAAGGAAGAGCCCUAGUGCCAGAUAGUGUAAAGAAGGAACUUUUGCAGAGGAUAAGGACCUUCCUUUCUCAACAUGCCAGUCUUUAAGUAUGUGAUGAGCAAAUUACAAUGCCAUUUCUUUGCAGUUUAAUUGAUCAUCAGAUCAGCUCCAAUGCCUAGAUGAAACUGGACAUGGCUUUUUUUUUUGACAAGUUUUUGUGACUUUUUUUUAUACAUUUGUCUUAAAUUUUUAAGUUCACGAAUGUAAUUCACAAGCAGCUUUUCUACCCACUUCUGUAUUUUCCUUGAUAUGUUAAGGUGUUUAAAUAAAAUUAUUUUGAAAUGA